GUGGGACCGUCCCUGGAGCGGGCGCCAGGAUGCCCCGGGCGUGUGGGUGACCGGCUGUCUGCCCAGGCCCGCAUGCCGCCGCCCCGCGAGGACUGCUCCCCGAGGGCCGCCUGGGGCCCCGCGCCCCGUGUGUCCUGACAAGCAGCCCCCAGCAGCCCGUUGCCACCCGGCCGCCCUAGGGGCGGAGGCGCCGCAGGAGUGAGCUUCCCGGGCCCGCGGAGCAAGCAAGCGGCCGACGGUGGAGGGACCCUGGGGAACGGGCUUCGCGGCUGGCUGGAAACAUUUUCCCCAAGCGGUUCCGCAAAAUGACCAGCCUGUUCCGUCGGAGCAGCAGCGGCAGCGGCGGGGGCGGCACCGGCGGGGCGCGCGGGCCCGGGGCCGGAGGCGGCGCGGCCGCAGCCCCGCAGGAGCUCAACAACAGCCGGCCGGCCCGCCAGGUGCGCCGCCUCGAGUUCAACCAGGCCAUGGACGACUUCAAGACCAUGUUCCCCAACAUGGAUUACGACAUCAUCGAGUGCGUGCUGCGCGCCAACAGCGGCGCCGUGGACGCCACCAUCGACCAGCUGCUGCAGAUGAACCUGGAGGGGGGUGGCGGCAGCGUCUACGAGGACAGCUCGGACUCAGAGGACAGCAUCCCCCCGGAGAUCUUGGAAAGGACUUUGGAACCUGAUAGCUCCGACGAAGAGCCCCCGCCUGUGUACUCCCCACCAGCCUACCACAUGCACAUGUUUGACCGGCCUUACCCUCUGGCUCCCCCCACGCCACCUCCCCGGAUCGACGCGCUAGGCUCGGGACCUCCUCCGAGCCAGAGGCGCUAUCGGAACUGGAACCCACCACUGCUGGGCAACCUUCCCGAUGACUUUCUCCGCAUCCUGCCCCAGCAGCUGGACAGCAUACAGGGUAACCCGGGGGGCCCCAAGCCUGUGAGCAGAGAAGGAGGCCCACCUGUCACAGCCGGGCCUGGGCCCGGAGACCAGGAGAGCCGCUGGAAGCAGUACCUGGAGGACGAGAGGAUCGCGCUCUUCUUGCAGAACGAGGAGUUCAUGAAGGAGCUGCAGCGCAACCGCGACUUCCUCCUUGCCCUGGAGAGAGAUCGAUUGAAAUACGAAUCCCAGAAAUCCAAGUCCAGCAGUGUGGCUGUCGGAAACAACUUCAGCUUUCCCUCUCCUGUCCCAGGAACUGGUGACGCCAACCCCGCUGUGUCUGAAGAUGCCUUAUUCAGGGACAAGCUGAAACACAUGGGAAAGUCCACCCGGAGGAAGCUGUUUGAACUCGCCCGAGCCUUCUCUGAGAAGACCAAAAUGAGGAAGUCAAAGAGGAAACACUUGUUGAAACAUCAGUCGCUAGGGGCUGCCGCGUCCACAGCCAAUCUCCUGGACGAUGUGGAGGGCCACGCUUGUGAUGAAGACUUCCGGGGAAGGCGGCAGGAGACCCCCAAGGUGGAGGAAGCCCUGCGAGAAGGACAGUAAGAGGUGACAGCAGCUCCUCCUCUCCGGAGGUGAUGUGACCCCGUGGGGACAGCCAGAGUGCAACACUGGCCCCCAGCUGAAGGGCCCAGCUGCAGCCAGAGAUGGUGCUUGACAACCGAGGCCUAGUGGUCUUCCGGCCACAGUCCAGCCCAGCCACUGCCAUUUUCCUUGGGACUUAGAACUUCGGAGUUGCCAUCCUGCCAUCAGAGGAAGGACCUGGGGCUAGAGGCACCAGCCAAUCAGAGCCCCUUUUGUAGCCAGGCUUUUCUAUGGGCAAGGAGUGGAAAUGCGGGGACCAACUCCCCUU